GACACUAACCAUUUUCCUUCAUUCUUUUAUCUUUCCCACAAAUUUCCUGCCUUCCCCAUGGCAUUGGCAAUCCCCCCAAUCUCUCUCUCUCUCUAAAACUCUCCCUCUUUCUCUCUCCUCCUCCCUUCUAUUCCCUCUCCUCCUCAAUCUGUUCCUCUGUCUUUUUGUCUGCCCACCUGAAACAAAUAGAAUAUAUCUAUUUCUGAUACAUAUAUAAUACUACUUUAUACAAUAAAAAUUGCAGUUGUAGAUUACUUUGGAGGGAAAGCUAAGAUGAUCAGGUAUGUACCCAUUAACUCUCUCCUCAUGUUCUUGUCAAUUGUUCAAUUGGUGUUCUCUCAAUUGCCUCCAACCCAGAUAAACACCAUGCUCAAACUCUCUGAGCUUCUCAAAAACAACUCAUCUCCUGAUUUUCCCUGGAAAAUCAAUUCAAAUUCAGACCCAUGUUUGUGGAAGGGGGUUUCGUGCGGUCCCAACAACUCCUCCAUCACCCAACUUUCUAUCUCUGGUUUUUCUCUUUCUGGCUCUGAUUUUUGGCCUGUUCUUUGCCAAAUUGAUACCUUGCAGUCUAUUGAUCUGUCCAACAACCAUUUGAAUGAAAUUCCAAAUGGGUUCAUUACAGGUUGUGGACAGAUUGGUGGGUUAAUGGUGUUGAAUUUUAGUAGAAACAAAUUGAGUGGUCGUUUGCCCACUUUUCAAGGUUUUGGUGUGUUGGAAUUCUUGGACUUGUCUCAUAAUUCUUUGAAUGGAAAGAUUGAUUUACAGUUUGAUGGAUUGGUUGGUCUCAAAAGUUUGAACCUUAGCUACAACCAAUUCAGUGGUUCUGUUCCAGUAAAGCUUGGACAGUCCAUGGUUUUGGAGGAGCUUCAGCUUUCUGUGAAUAAUUUCUCUGGUAAUAUCCCCAUAGAAAUAUCAAGUUAUAGGAAUUUGAGUCUGGUUGAUCUGAGUGCAAAUAAUCUUUCUGGGUCAAUUCCUGAUUCAUUUAGAAACCUUACCAAGUUGAAGAUUUUGAUUCUAUCUGCAAAUUCUUUGAGUGGUGAAAUCCCCCCAAUCUUUUCAACUAUCAAAACCCUGUACCGAUUCGCAGCGAAUCAGAAUAAUUUUAAUGGUACACUUCCACUUGGUCUUACAAUGUACCUCAUUAAUUUAGACCUCAGUUACAAUAAGUUGCAUGGGUUGCUCCCGACGGACUUUCUGUCGAACUCAAAUUUGCAGUUUUUGGAUCUGUCCAACAAUUCUUUGGACGGUCCAAUACCUGAAAAUAUGUCACCAAACUUGGUGAGAUUGAGAUUGGGAAGCAAUUCUUUUGAUGGCGAAAUACCGUCAUCAUUUGGUAGUCUCCAACAGUUGAUGUAUUUGGAGCUGGAUAACAAUAAUUUGAGUGGAUUGAUACCUCCUCAGUUGGGUAUGUGCCAGAAGUUGGCACUGUUGAAUCUAGCUAAUAACAGCCUGACCGGUGUGUUGCCGGUACAGUUGGGUAAUCUUAGCAAUCUUCAGGAGAUGAAGCUUCAAUUCAACAAGUUGGAUGGUGAAAUUCCAUAUCAAAUUACUCAGUUACAAAAAUUGCUGAAACUCAAUAUCAGCUGGAAUUUACUGAGUGGUUCGAUACCUCCUUCAAUCUCAAACUUGCAUAGUCUCUCCAACUUGAAUCUACAAGGCAACAAUCUCAGUGGUCCAAUACCCAAUUCAAUUGGCAACUUGAAUUCUCUGUUGGAACUCCAACUUGGGAUGAACAGAUUAAGUGGGAAUAUCACAUCACUGCCAACAAAUUUGCAAAUUGCUUUGAAUCUCAGCAACAACCUCUUUGAAGGACCUAUCCCCCGCAUUCUCUCUCAAUUGACUGGAUUAGAAGUUCUGGAUCUCUCCAACAACAGCUUCUCUGGAGAGAUUCCAGACUUUCUGACCGGAAUGGCAGGCUUAACGCAGGUUUUACUGUCAAACAAUCAACUGUCUGGAGUUGUACCACAGUUCAAAUCAUAUGUUGUGCUUGUUGCAACUGGGAAUAAGGGUCUGAUAUACGCACCAGCAGCUGCACCGCAGUCUCCUCCACAAUCACCAAAGAAGAAGAAAACAGUUUCUGUGGCGGUGGUUGUUGCAGUUGCAGCUGGUGUCCUCGCUGUUGGGGUAGUUGCUCUUAUUGCUCUAUCGAUCUCCAAACGAUUUUACAGGAUUAAUGAUGAGCAAUUAGAACCAGAAGAAGGCCUUGCUCAACCCCAGGUUAUUGAGGGCAACCUGUUAACUUUAAAUGGCAUUCACAGGUCGAAUAUCGACUUCACCAAAGCCAUGGAAGCAGUAGCUGACCCCUCAAACAUCUUUUUGAAGACUAGGUUCUCGACCUACUACAAAGCCAUCAUGCCUUCUGGUAUAAGCUAUUUUGUCAAGAAGAUUAAUUGGAGUGACAAGAUAUUCCAGUUGGGUAGCCAUGAUAAAUUUGGAGAAGAGCUACGGAUUUUGGGGAAGUUGAACAAUUCAAAUGUCAUGACUCCUCUGGCAUAUGUCUUGACCAGUGAGAGUGCUUAUCUCUUCUAUGAAUUCGCAGAAAAGGGUACCCUUUUCGAUGUUCUGCGUGGUAGCUUGGGAAACACUUUGGAUUGGGCAAGCCGUUACAGUAUAGCAAUUGGAGUGGCUCAGGGUUUAGCAUUUCUCCACGGAUGUAGUUCUGGUCCGAUUCUCCUCCUUGACUUUUCGAGCAAAAGUGUUAUGCUGAAGUCCCCAAAGGAGCCUCAGGUCGGAGACAUUGAGCUUUGUAAGGUGAUUGAUCCUUCUAAGAGCACAGGCAGCCUUUCUACAGUUGCUGGUUCUGUUGGUUAUAUUCCUCCAGAGUAUGCUUACACAAUGAGGGUAACAAUGGCCGGGAAUGUCUAUAGCUUCGGGGUCAUUCUGCUGGAAUUGGUGACGGGAAAGCCAGCAGUCAGUGAAGGGACUGAGUUAGCCAAGUGGGUAUUGAAAAACUCAGCUCAGCAGGGUAAGUGGGAUCACAUCCUUGAUUUUAGCGUGAGCAGAACAUCGAUCACCAUUAGGAGCCAGAUGCUAGCAGUACUGAAGAUUGCUUUGGCUUGUGUUAGUGUCUCACCGGAAUCAAGGCCAAAGAUGAAGAGCGUGCUACGUAUGAUCCUAAACGCGAGAUAAACCUAGCUCUGUGUAAGGAUCAACCCAGUAGCAGAGAUGAUCAAUUGUUAUUGUGAAGUUUGUUAUAUAGAGAACACCUUUCCCAUACAAGAUGUGGAGGAGCUGUUAGAUUAUAGAAUUCCUCUUGAAUGUAAUAGAUUGAAGUUAUUCUCUUUCCAUGUAUAUAUAAUACAUGGAUAACUUUUGGAAUUGUUGUACUAAAUGGUAUUGUGCUUGAUCAUUUUUAUUUACUUGCA